UCUGGCCUGACAGGCCGGUGCAGGCCACACUCGCUGGACCCGCAGCAGUUCAGGCGUCGGAGAGGACCGGGCAAGCGUUGGCGGCGGACAUGACGCCUGGGGACCAGGAGGAGACCCAGCCGCUCCUGCGGCUGCCGGGCGGCAGCAGCGCUCCCCGCGGCCGCCGCGUCUUCCUCGCCGCCUUCGCCGCUGCUCUGGGCCCACUCAGCUUCGGCUUCGCGCUCGGCUACAGCUCCCCGGCCAUCCCGAGCCUGCGGCGCGCCGCGUCCCCGGCCCUGCGCCUCGACGAUGCCGCCGCCUCCUGGUUCGGGGCCAUCGUGACCCUGGGCGCCGCGGCGGGGGGCGUGCUGGGCGGCUGGCUCGUGGACCGCGCUGGGCGCAAGCUGAGCCUCCUGCUUUGCGCCGUGCCCUUCGUGGCCGGCUUCACCGUCAUCACAGCGGCUCAGAACGUGUGGAUGCUGCUCGGAGGCCGCCUCCUCACCGGCCUGGCCUGCGGCAUCGCCUCGCUAGUGGCCCCGGUAUAUAUCUCCGAAAUUGCCUACCCCGAAGUACGGGGGCUGCUCGGCUCCUGUGUGCAGCUCAUGGUCGUCAUAGGCAUCCUCCUAGCCUAUCUGGCAGGCUGGGUCCUCAAGUGGCGCUGGCUGGCUGUGCUGGGCUGUGUGCCCCCCUCCUUCAUGCUGCUGCUCAUGUGCUGCAUGCCUGAGACCCCUCGCUACUUGCUGACUCAGCACAAGCGCCAGGAAGCCGUGGCUGCCAUGCAGUUCCUGUGGGGCUCCGAGCAGGGCUGGGAAGAGCCCCCUGUCGGGGCUGAGAACGAGGGCUUCCACUUGGCCCAGCUGCGGCGUCCUGGCGUCUACAAGCCCUUCAUCAUCGGCAUUUCACUGAUGGCCUUCCAGCAGCUGUCGGGCAUCAACGCUGUCAUGUUCUAUGCAGAGACCAUCUUUGAGGAGGCCAAGUUCAAGGACAGCAGCCUGGCCUCGGUCAUCGUGGGGAUCAUCCAGGUGCUGUUCACGGCCGUAGCGGCCCUCGUCAUGGACAGAGCCGGGCGCAGGCUGCUCCUGGCCUUGUCAGGUGUGGUCAUGGUGUUCAGCACCAGCGCCUUUGGCGCCUACUUCAAGCUGACCCAGGGCGGCCCUAGCAACUCCUCGCACGUGGACCUCUUGGCGCCCGUCUCCAUGGAGCCCACCAGUGGCAGUGUGGGGCUGGCCUGGCUGGCGGUGGGCAGCAUGUGCCUCUUCAUCGCCGGCUUUGCUAUGGGCUGGGGACCCAUCCCCUGGCUCCUCAUGUCUGAGAUCUUCCCUCUGCACGUCAAGGGCGUGGCCACAGGCGUCUGCGUCCUCACCAACUGGUUCAUGGCCUUUCUCGUGACAAAAGAGUUCAGCAGCCUCAUGGAGGUGCUCAGGCCCUACGGUGCCUUCUGGCUGGCCGCUGCCUUCUGCAUCUUCAGUGUCCUUUUCACUCUGGCCUGUGUCCCUGAAACCAAAGGAAAGACCUUGGAGCAAAUCACAGCCCAUUUUGAGGGGCGAUGGCAGCCCCUUCCCGUGAGUGGCUGCCCCUCCUAGCUGGACCAGCUUUGGGCCUCGGAGGGGAUGGUGCCGGCCUGUGACUCCAAACUGAGCCUCAGCUGGAGCCUGGACGCCCCGCCUGUCCCCAGGGAGUCAGGAGCCAGGACUGUAGCCCCUUGGAGCUUUGUCCUCUGGGGCCCCACCUUCCUGCCCAGCUCUCUACAGCCCAGUGAAGCACGGGGACAAGGUUCCCAGCCCCUGGGUCCAGUUUCCACUGCUGCCCUGUGACUCGUGUGGAGGGAACAUCUCGGAGACGCUUUGUUGUGCUGUGGUCAGUCCUCCACAUGCCAUCUCCAUCGCGACACAAAAGUGACCGCGGAGAAGGGGGACUCUUGGUUCCUCGUUUUCUGGAGAAGAUGCUUUUGGAGGCUGGGUUACUCCUCUCACGUGGCUGCAUUAUCAGGAAGGAACUUUGCCAAAUAAAUAUUGGACUCGGAAAAUCAGGUCAUGACCUCUUUGUGUGGGCUGCAGUCCAGAAGGGCAUUUUCCUGUUCCUUCCAUAAAGCUAGGCUCCCACAGACUGUCUUGCCAAGAACAUCUGUGGAUCUGCUUUCUCACGGUCAGCUGGGCUUGCCUUUGGCACUUGGAGGUCAUUUCUGACUCUUUCCUUGGGUUCAGUCCCCUGAAUCAUUAGUCAUCAAAUCUUGAGUUCCUCCUGCAAAAAAGAAGCCUCUCUUCAUAUUAACUUUAAUGGAGCCAGAAGUCUUUUACAAAUUACUUUUAUUGUCUACUGUAUAAGUAAUACGUGUUUAUUGCAGGAAAACUGGAAAACACAGAUUUAUGUAAUAUAAUUAUUUUUUAUGGCAGUUAACCAUCUGCUAGGCACUAUCCUAAGUACUUUACAAAUAUUAACUCCUUUAUUUAGAUAAAUAAUAAAAUAUUCACACCUGCACCUUA